AUGUGGCGGCACCUCAACCUGCGCUCGCCGCCGCGCGGGCCGCGUGAGGCGAAGCCGAAGUUGCCGCCACCGCAGGCGGAGUACGCGCGACGUGAAGUGUGGUGCCCUUCUAUCGCAGGCGGCGGGUACGAAGACGCGUCGGAGCAGGAGCCAAACUCGCAGGCGUCGUCGCAGGCGUGCUCCGUCGCACCGCCGCCACGCACGACGUCGUCGCCGGCAGAGCCGGCGUCGCAGGAACCGCAGACGCAGCAGCAGCAACUUGUCAUUCGACAGGAGGACAUACGCGACGAGGACUUCCUGCGGCUCGAGGUGCUGGGUGACGGCUCCUACUCGGUUGUAGUUGCCGCCCGUCACCUGCCGACUCAGAGGCUGGUGGCGCUGAAGGAGCUCUCGCGCCGCCGCCUCCGGGAGUUGAACCUGGAGAAGCAGCUGCAGUGGGAGAUCAACGUUCACCGCACGCUGCGCCACCCGAACGUGGUCAGGAUGCUGAGCUACUACGUCACCCCACAGAACGUUGUGCUUGUGCUGGAGAUGUGCCCCCGCGGGACGCUCCUUCAGAAGCUGAAGGCCAUGCCGCACGGCAGGUUUGACGAGCGACGGGCGUCACGGUACGUGCGACAGGCUGCACGGGCGCUGGCGUACCUGCACGGGCACGGCAUUGCCCACCGUGACUUGAAGCUGGAGAACAUUUUUUUAGAUGCGCAGGGUGUGGCGCGGCUGGGCGACUUUGGAUGGAGCAAAGCUGUCGCGGAGCCGACAGUGGGGGGAGACCCCGCCCCCCGAUUGGACAGCCUCGGCACCGCCUCACACAGCGCGGCCGGCGACGAUGCGCAGGGGCGUGGCGGCGGUCGGCUAACGGUCUGUGGCACGCUGGACUACUUGUCGCCGGAGAUGCUCUCUGGCCUGCCCCACACCUUCAAGACAGAUGUGUGGUCCCUGGGCGUCAUGCUGGCGGAGAUGCUCACCGGCGCGCCGCCCUUUUACCGCGUGUCGCACCAGGACACCCUCGACGCGAUUCGCGAGGCGGCCCCUCACUUGGAUGGGGAUGUUCACAUCUCAACCCUGGCCCGAGACUUGGUGCUGGCAAUGCUGCAGAAGGACCCGGACGCGCGUCCAACGAUGGCGGAGGUGCUGCAGCACCCCUGGACGAGGCCUCACCGAGAGAAGGCGAAGUAA